AUGGCAUGCGCGGAGGCGGUUCAGCAAAACAAUUUGAAGCUAGUGGAAGCACUUGUGGAGCAUGUGGGGAGGUUGGUGGCGUCUCAAGCCAAAGCAAUGAGGAAGGUGGCUUGCUGCUUUGCUCAAGCUUUAGCUCAUUGGAUUUACAGAAUUUCUCAACCGUUCAUCGAGUCCUACCCUUACUUGAAAUUUGCCCAUUUCACGGCGAACCAAGCCAUCCUUGAAGCGUUCCCCACCGCUGAUAGAGUUCACGUCAUCGAUUUCGAGCUCAGGCAGGGGAUGCAAUGGCCGGCAUUAAUGCAAGCCCUUGCAUUACAACCCAAUGGUCCUCUGACUUUCCGCCUCACCGGAAUCGGAACUCCAUGA